CCUUGUUUCGUUCUCAUGUUGCUCUGACAGUAGAUAGAUAGUGGGAUGAGCUGCGUUUUGCGUUUGGCUAUUGGAAGCAUUCGUUAUUAUGCCCAUUAUUACCACUUCCAAGUUUCUCAAAUCACUCCACAACGCUACAAUCACUUCUUCUCUUUCGCUUUUACUAAUAGGAAAACGCCAUGUUGGAACAACACAAAACGCUACUUAUUCAACCGCAAACGCUGAUUUCGACUCGUUUGAAAAUAACCAACUUAUUGGAAAAUCCACGUUGGCGAUGGACCUCGCCUCUCUCCUCAACGAACCUAACGAAGUCUCUAACAGAAAACGAAAACCCAAGACUCGCAUGGAGCUGAAGCGGUUUCUUGAACUCCGAGUUAAAAAGCGAGUGAAAGAGCAAUUCGCGAACGGUAAAUUUCGCGAUCUAAUGAAAAACGUGAUUUCCAAACGCGAAACUCUUAGCGGCGCUUUUGAUUGCGUUAGGGUUAAUUCGAACGUUGAUGCGAAUUCGAGUUUUGAUGGUUCUUUUGUGGAUGAGCUGGUUAAAGAGGUUGGUGAAGGGAGUUUUGAUGUGAGUGCGAAUGCGAUUUCCUUUUCGACGAGGAGAAGGUUGAGGAACAAAGAGAUCUUGGUGCUUCCCAAUUUGAAGCUGAAGGUUGUUCAGGAAGCGAUUAGGAUGGCUUUGGAAGUUGUUUACCGGCCGGAAUUUUCGAAGAUCUCGCACGGUUGCCGGAGUGGGAGGGGCCGGUCGGCGGCGUUGAAGUACAUCUGCAAAGGUGUGUCUAGUCCUGAUUGGUGGUUCACUUUGCUUGUGAGCAAGAAAUUGGAUAAGGAUUUGUUGGAUAAGUUGAUUUUGAUAAUGGAGGAUAAGAUUGAAGAUCCUUUGUUAUAUGGUUUAAUUAGGAGCAUGUUUGAUGCUCAGGUGUUGAAUCUUGAGUUUGGGGGUUUCCCCAAAGGACAUGGUCUCCCUCAAGAAGGGGUUUUGUCCCCAAUUUUAAUGAAUAUAUACCUUGACCUCUUUGAUAGUGAGUUUUACAGGUUGUCAAUGAAGUAUGAAGCUAUUGAGGAUGGAGUGUGUAGUAGUGAUCAGGAUAGGUCAUGCUCCAAGUUGCGCGGUUGGUUCCGGAGAGGAUUGGGUGGUAAUGGUGUUGUUAGAGUUGGGGGCAUGGUUGAGAAGAAUUCCGGGAAUAAAGUUUACUCUUGUAGGUUUAUGGAUGAGAUGUUUUUUGCGGUUUCUGGGGAUAGGAAUACGGCUGUUAGUUUUAAGUCUGAGAUCCAAGGUUAUUUGAAGAAUUCUUUGAUGUUGGAUGUGGGUGAUGAGACUGAUGUAUUGCCUUGUGAUGGGUCGAGUGGUAUCCGGUUUUUGGGAGCUUUGGUGAGAAAGAAUGUUAGUGAGAGUCCUGCUGUGAAAGCUGUUCACAAGUUGAAAGAAAAAGUAGAGCUGUUUGCUUUGCAGAAGAUGGAGGCUUGGAAUUAUGGGACGGUUAGAAUUGGGAAGAAAUGGUUGGGUCAUGGUUUGAAGAAGGUUAAGGAGUCGGAAAUCAAUCAUUUAGCUGAUAGUAGCUCUCUCCUGAACAAGGUUUCCUGUUACCGUAAGCCUGGAAUGGAAACUGAUCAUUGGUAUAAGCACUUAUUGAAGAUAUGGAUGCAAGAUGUUCAAGCAAAAAAUGCCAAGAGUGAAGAAAGUAUCUUAUCUAAGUGUGUUGCGGAGCCUGCUCUUCCAAAAGAGCUAAGGGAUUCCUUUUAUGAAUUUAUAAAACAGGCAGAGCAUUAUAUAUCUUCUGAGGCAGAUUCUGUUCUCAAGCUUUUGCCAAAUAAUAACAGCACAACAGAACAUGUGGUGAAAAAAACUGAGAUUAUUGCCCCUAUCUCUGCCAUAAAAAAGCGUCUCCUGAGAUAUGGAUUGACUACAUCUAAGGGAUUCCCCCGUUCUGCUAAUUUACUUAUCAUGCAAGAUACAACUGAAAUUAUUGACUGGUUUUCAGGGAUUGCUUGCCGCUGGCUGAAAUGGUAUGAAAAUUGUGCUAACUUUAAUGAGAUAAAGGUAUUGAUUUCGGAUCAAGUCAGGAAAUCGUGCAUUCGUACUUUAGCAGCAAAGUAUCGGGUACACGAACUUGAGAUAGAAAAGCGGUUUGACGAGGAACUUAGCAGGCUUCCAUCAACACAGGACACAGAGAAGGAAAUGGAAAAUGAAGCUUCGGGUGUUCAAGCUUUUGAUAAUGAUGAGGCAUUAAUGUAUGGAAUUUCUUAUAGCGGUUUGUGUUUGUUGUCUCUAGCCAGAAUUGUGACCGAGGCAAGACCUUGUAAUUGUUUUGUAUUAGGGUGUUCAUCUUCAGCUCCAAGAGUCUAUACUCUUCAUGUUAUGGAAAGGCAGAAGUCUCCAAGCUGGAAGACUGGAUUUUCAACUUGCAUUCAUCCAAGCUUAAAUAAACGGCGAGUAGGGUUGUGUAAGCAGCACUUGAGGGAUUUGUAUCUUGGUCAUAUAUCACUUCAGUCAAUUGACUUUGGUGCAUGGAAGUGAGUGCCUUCAAUUAUAUCAGAAUCUUAUCAGGAUGUUUGGAUUUUAGUCAUCUAUUACUCAUUCCAUUGAAGAUGAAGGUAUUGUUGACAAUUAGGUGCCAGAUGGAACUAAAUACGUACUACUUUCCAGCAUAUUUUCUUGAAGUAUGAAGGUGAUUCUCGGGCCUUUAAUUAUGAGAUUUUUAUUUUUUUUCAAUAAUUUUUAUUUAGCUAAUUGUGCUAUAUUUAUGUGGUUUAGAAGGCAUCAAAGCAUGCAAACAACUAUAUCUUGGAUUUUUUGUGUCAGUUUUUAAGGAGUUUUUACUGCCAUCCUGAUUUAGAUUUGAUCUUUCCGUAAUCUUUCAUAAGGGCAACUGUAUUCCCUUGGAAGAUCUUGCUGCUGAUUUCAAAUUAUGGACAGCAAUCAUUAUGCUAGCUGAGGGAAUUGCCCAAGAAUUAAAAUUAACAACUAGUUGUCCUACAUCAGGUGUGUAUCUUUUCAUCAUUUUAGUGUAAGUUUUAUUGUAUUUUGAUUUCCCAACAUGAACGCCACUGAAUAGUGAAUGCCGAAGAUGUUUUAACAGAUGACCAUCAACAUCCAUGAUGGUUGAUGCCAAGCUAAUGGAUGGAAAAGACUAGUUGUUUUGGAGUGAAAUUAAAGCCUGAAGAAGCCUGGUACUCGGUUCCUUCUUUGGUUAACCUCCUUCCAGUUUAUCUUUGCUGGGCUAAGAAAUCAGGAAUUAUUCAGGGUUCGGGCAUAAUUUUCUUUGCUCAAGUCAGCUUUUGAAAGUAUUGACCAAAGUUCCAUCCUUCACAGACAAAAUAUAUGGAUAGCAAUAGCAAUUAUUUUUUCAAAUUCUAUUUUUAAUGAGUUACAUUAAUGUGUUUGGGAGGCCUUUUAUGGCAUUGUCUUGGUAGUUUUACUCUAAAGUGGAUGAUUAAAACUAGUCCUUCAGAAACAAAUUUUGGUCCUUGUUUCAAGUGAAGAUUUCAUGCUAUCUUAAGUAAACAUUGUAUCAGAACUUUAUUGUUUUAGAAUGCCUAUUUGCUACAAUGUGGAUAAAUAUAGUGAAGAUUUAUGCCAGCUUGUGGAUAAAUAUAGUGAAGAUGGUGUGCAGUUUGAUUUGGACUGUUAGAGGCAUUG